CAGCAGUCUUCGAUCUGUUAUCAAUCAGUAUUUACUAUGUAUUCUUCAAUGAAACUCUUUGCCUGUGCGCUCAUUGUUGCUCAGUUGCUGGGCUCGAUUCAGUGCGGAGACUACGACAACACGGAUAGAUGGGUCCUCUCGGAUAAGACAAAGCCUUUCCCCGAAAACGCCGUCCUGGGCGGCUAUGAUUCAUACGGCUAUGAAAACUUCGUGGGACGCCUGGCUUACUCGAGCUCGAUUCUGCCAGCACGUGUUAGGGCCGAAACUGGAUACGCUACCUUCAACACAGACACGUUCGCAAGUCAGGCCGCCUCCUACGAGCUAUUGGUGUCCAAUGAGACGGUCAGCUAUGACUGGGUGCGCAGCUUCGAUGGAUUCUUGGAGAGGAACGCUGUAUCCGUGGGCACAAGUUUUGAAAACGAGCGCGUCUACGUUUGCCGUGCCCGAACUGAUGGUGGAAUUUUCAUUGGCACCCUGUAUCUAAGCCAAAGGAAGUGCAGUAUCAAGUAUGAGAAUUUGCCGCUAAGAGAGGUGACCAAAUAUGAGGUACUAGUUCGCAAAACUACUCCAGAAAUAUACAGACCAUUCCAGAUCAAAGCCACUAAUGUGGUUGACCACGAAAUGAUUUGAAUUGUAAUAUAUUGAAAAU